UAGUGACGUCGUGGGUAAACAGGUUCUGUAGCCGUGGCAGCGGCCCUGACAGGCUGGCUGAAUACCGGCUACCGCCGACCCGGGAGAAGUUGCCGUCUACAUCAGCCUGGGCUGCAGUGCGCUGGCGCCGCGGGGCCAGCAGGGUGGGGAACGCGUUGCAUUCAUCUUUGUACCCCCAGCAUCUAGUAGUGUUGGCAUAUAGUAGGCACUCAAGAAAUGUGUGUGGAAUGAACGAUGCCUGUGACAAGCAAGCGGACUUUAUUCUUUCCUGACCCUUGCUCCUAUGACACACCUCCUCCUGACUGCCACUGUCACUCCUUCAGAGCAGAACUCCUCUAGGGAACCCGGAUGGGAAACAGCUAUGGCCAAGGACAUCCUGGGUGAAGCAGGGCUGCACUUUGAUGAACUGAACAAGCUGCGGGUGUUGGACCCAGAGGUUACCCAGCAGACCAUAGAGCUGAAGGAAGAGUGCAAAGACUUUGUGGACAAAAUUGGCCAGUUUCAGAAAAUAGUUGGUGGUUUAAUUGAGCUUGUUGAUCAACUUGCAAAAGAAGCAGAAAAUGAAAAGAUGAAGCUUUGGGGCUCUGCUUUCUUUUCCUCUCUGGAGACUGACAUAGCUCCCAGAUGACCCCUCCCCACUUUGAGGACUUCAUGCUGUAGACGGGUUUUAAUGAAGCCAUGGCCUUCUCUGGCAAUACUGUAGGCCAUCGGUGCUCGGAACUUGCUCAAAUCUAUAGCAAAGCAGAGAGAAGCUCAGCAGCAGCAACUUCAAGCACUAAUAGCAGAAAAGAAAAUGCAGCUAGAAAGGUAAGAAGUCAUGAUGUAAAGCAAGUUCUUUACACAGCUGAAUUUCUACUCUUCCUUCUGGAAUGAUCACUUCUUGUCAUUAUUCUUCAUCGUUUUCCCAGGAAUAGCAUCUCGUCAUCCUGAUUUGAAGAUUUUUAAAAAUAAAAUUACAUUUGAUGGGAAGGAGAUAGAAAACUUAAUAUCAAACCACCUCUAGUAGUUUGAGUAUGAAAGGGUCCACGAAGUUGGCUGGCUCUCUGAAAGAAGACUUUCCUAGGGCUGGAGAUUUCUCAUGGGUGGCUCUGGGUAGGGCUUUGCCUCUAUCUUUCUUCAUUCUGAACUCACACCAUUUCUUGAAAUCAUUUAAACCUCUACAUCUCUAGAAGAAUUAAGUCUGUGGUUUACUUCAUCCUUUUUUCAGGGCCUCUAACAAUUUUGUUUUUCAGGUAUCGGGUUGAAUAUGAAGCUUUGUGUAAAGUAGAAGCAGAACAAAAUGAAUUUAUUGACCAAUUUAUUUUUCAGAAAUGAACUGAAAAUUUCACUUUUAUAGCAGGAAGGCAAAACAAAAAAAGCUCCUCAAAACCAAAAAAACCUCUGUACCAUUCCAGCGGCUUGACCAGUGACCUAUGUCACAAGAGGUGGCGUUUAAGGAAGGCAGCCCCCUGAGUCUGGGGGAGCCCAUUUUUAAACAUCAGCACACAGCUGCUGCUGGUGGCCAUGCAGUGCACGUUCUCACCUCUUAUGCUCUUAGUUGGAACUAAGCAGUUUAUAAACUUUGGUCCUUGUAAAUUCACAAAGCUUUGGAAGGAGAAGCAAUAAAUUUUUGUUUUCAAAUGGGUUGAUGUAACUUUUUUCCUGUUCCCCUUGAAAUAUGUUUAACCCAUUGUGAGAGAACCCUUGAUUUCCUAUCCCCCAGUCCACAAAACAAACCAGGCAGUGUUCAGCAGCUACAUUUAUUUGGAUAAGACAUGCGAGUCAAAACAAUACCACUAAUCAAACCAAUAUGGCUUGUGAGCAAAAUUGGUGAAAAUUGAGGGAACUGACUGGGACCUGCUGUCUAACAUCAUUUGAAGGUUGGACUUGAGCACAGACUUAAGAGAAAGCUGAUGGAAUAUGAAGCAUCAACGUGAAGAGACCCUAUAUGCACACAGUGGCUAUGUUAUGCCUGGCUGUGGCCACCUUCCCUUCCGAGAACAAGAUGGGAAUGACUGAACUAUAUUAGAAGGAUGAAGUUAUCCACUACGGAGCACACUUCCAGAUCAGGCUUGAGAUGCUAGACUUCAGAUAAAGGGACUUGUGUCAGGUGGCCUUUAGAAACGUGGAAGACCAAGAUUUAGAAAUAAAGUAACUUAAAGACGUC